AUGUCUCAAUCCUCAGGAAAGAAUGAUUCCGGAGAUGCCAAGGCUGUCACGAACAAGUAUGGUGUGCGAUUCAUGGGUCUGAAAAGUGGGUCCUCAGAAACCACUUCAUCCAAGAAUGAGAAACCACUAUCCUACUCAAGGAAGAAAGGGCGAACACCAACAAGGAAGUUGUACAAAUCAAAGGCUCCUGAAGAGGAUUCCACUCCUGUCAUUCUUGAAGAUGUUCCCUCUGACGAAGAAGAACCCUUUCAUGAUGCUCCUGCAAGUAUCAACGAAGAAGAAACCUCAAUGGGUUCCGAUCACAAUGAUGGGCCCGAUGUUGAGGCAUCUGCACCACAGGACGUUGAUGUCUCUCUUGAAACCCCAAUUUCUGAAAAUCCUGAUGUUGAGGAUGUGAUUGCAGAAGAAGUCAUUCCCACUGCAACUGCUGUGUCUCCUUCAUCUUCCAAGAAGGGUGUAUCCUCUGAGGAAACCCAUUCUGAUAUUCCCAGUCAAGUCCCUGUUCAGACCAUCUCUGAUGAUGAUGGUUCUGAUGAUGAUGAUGAUGUUCCUAUGACAGCAACCUUUUCUGAAAGUGUUGCUGCAAGAUUGAAAAGAAAAAGAAGGGCCUCUGUGUCUGAAACCCCUUCGUCAGCCCCACAAAAGAAGACAAAAUCCACUCCUGCCACUUACAAGUCAAGGCAAGUGGAUGUGAAAGGUAAAGAUGUCCCAGACAUCAUGCCUGCUGAGAAGAAGAAGUUUGCUGGAAGACGCAUUCCAAAGAAUGUACCUGCAGCCCCUCUUGACAAUGUCUUUUUUCACUCUGAAGAAAAUGUUUUGAAGUGGAAAUAUGUCUAUCAAAGGAGAUUUGCUCUUGAAAGAGAGGUUGGGCCUGAUGUGAUAGAAUGCAAGGAGGUUAUGGUCCUGAUUGAGAAGGCUGGGCUGACAAAGAUUGUUCUCCAAGUUGGGAGAUGCUAUGAGAAGCUGGUGAAGGAAUUUGUGGUGAAUUUGUCUGUGGAAGUAGGACUUCCUGAAAGUGCGGAGUACAAGAAAGUGUAUGUAAGGGAAAAAUGUGUGAAAUUUUCCCCUGAAGUGAUCAAUAAAGCACUUGGUAGAAGUGUUGCUGUUGUGACUGCUGAAGAACCAUCCUUGGAUGUGAUUGCCAAGGAAUUGACUGUUGGCCUAGUUCAGAAAUGGCCCAAGAAGAAGCUCUUGCCCACUGGGAAUCUGAGUGUGAAAUAUGCAAUCCUCAAUAGGAUUGGGGCUGUGAAUUGGGUGCCUACCCAACAUACUUCUGCCAUCUCUACCAUCCUUGCCAGGUUAAUUUACAAGAUUGGUACUAUGGCUCCUAUUGAUUUUGGUACUUUUGUUUUUGAACAGACCUUAAAGCAUGCAGAAACAUGUGCUGUGAAGUUGCCUGUGUCUUUUCCUUCUCUUAUCACAUAG